GUGGGUAGGAUAUUUUUUAACAGGAAGAGAUUAGCACAGACAGAAUUGUGCAUCUUCAUGAUCACCUAGACGAAUAAAAUCUUUUCUGCAUGUAGCUAAAUAUAUUUUGUGCACAAAGAAACUUGGUAUAUAUGUGCUAGUAUAUAUAUGCUGGCAUUACUCAGAAUAUCCUAAGAGAUCUCUUCUAUACGCUUUAACACCCCAUGUUAUCGGAACAGACACACAUCUAUGUGCAAUUAUGAUUAAUGCUCUUCUUCUGUAGAACAACAAUAAUGAUAAUAAUAAUAACAAUAUGAAUAUCCUAUUUGGAAGUGAUAUGCAUAGAUAUUAAUUGUAAAUUUUGGAGACAAAUGAAUGACGUAUGCCUGUGUGUGUGUGUGUGGAUUAUUAUUACAACGAGAAUAAUAUAUAGAUGUCAUUAACGUACACAUACUACUAUUAUUAUUACUAUUAAGUAUUAUCACUAUUAUUAUUAUGUAUUCAUUCGGAUGAACUGUUUAAAGCACUAGACUGUAUAUCAUACUACAUACAUUUAUUACUGAUACUUUAAUUGCUCUUUUUGUAUUAAUUACAUUACUGCUGCCGUUGGUGCUGUUGCGACCACAACAAGCAUCAUUUUACAUUUCAUCAUUAUACUUCAUUAUCUAAAGCAGAUAAAUUUUGUGGAUAAUUUAAAGAGAACAGGAGGAGAAAAUAUAAUUUUUAGAAGAUAAUGUUUUCACGUGUACAAUUUCGUAAAACUUUCAAAAAAGCUGAAGAUCAAGACACAGAUCCAUUCCUGCUGACUAAAAAUGUUACUCUACGAAAAAAUACAGAUGUUAAAUCCUAUUAUACAAUAGGCGUAUACUUAGGAAGUGGAAAAUUUGGUGAAGUGAAACGAUGUCAAGAAAUAAAAACUGGACGAGAAUUUGCCGCUAAAUUUGUACCAAUUGCUAGUAAAGAAGAUAUGGACAGUGUAAUGAAUGAAAUAGCCAUUAUGAAUACUUUAAGACAUCCAAGAUUAAUUCAGUUAUAUGAUGCUUAUCAUCUUGACAAUGAAGUUACACUUGUUCUAGAAUUAAUUACUGGCGGAGAAUUAUUUGAACGGAUUAUUGAUGAAUCAUUCGAUUUGAAUGAAUCUAGAUGCAUAAAAUUUAUGCAUGAAAUUCUUCAAGGUGUUGAAUAUAUGCAUUCCCAAAAUGUAAUACAUCUUGAUCUCAAGCCUGAAAAUAUACUAUGUUUAUCAGGAACAAGUUUUAAGACAAAAAUAAUUGAUUUUGGAUUGGCUAGAUUUUAUGAAAACAAACAUCUUUGUGUUCUAUUCGGUACACCAGAAUUUGUAUCUCCUGAAGUGAUUUCAUAUGAACCAGUUUCACCUGCUGCCGAUAUGUGGUCACUCGGUGUUAUAUGUUAUGUAAUGCUAUCUGGUUUAUCACCGUUUAUGGGAGAAAGUCAAGGAGAAACGUUGGCUAAUAUUAUGCGUGUUAAAUAUCAUUUUGAUUAUCCUGAAUUCGCAGAAAUUUCUAACGAUGCAAGGGAUUUUAUUAAAAAGCUUUUAGUAAAAGAUCCAAGAAAGAGACUCACAGCCACUGAGUGUUUACAACAUCAAUGGUUAAAGCAAAGGAAGAAAACGCUUAAACGUUCAGGAACAGUCAGUAAAAAACGUUUGAAACACUUUGUCUAUAGACGUAAAUGGCAGAAAGCUGUUAAUGCAAUCAUAGCUCUUCAACGUAUGGGUGUUGUUCUUCAACACUCACCAGUAAUCAUGGGCAAACACAGUAAUCAAACAUUACAAACAGCAAAACGAUCACUUGAAAGUGAAACAAAACGACUGCAGCGUCCUCAAGUAGCUGAACUUAAACUGCCACCGAAUAGUCAACCAACAUCAAGUGGAAAAGAUAAGUCAUCACCUGACAUAGCUAGAAAGACUUCAAGUAUAUUUAGAAAAACCAGUUUCUUCAAUAAAGCAAAGAAGAGUGACACCAGUAGUGUGACUACUCCUAAUACUACUACUGCCAAUAGCGUUGUUAGUAGUAAAAGUAAACUUGUUAAAAAUUCUUCAGAUUCAUCUCCAUUGCCUAAAAACAAAGAAAAUUCACCACUAAAGAUAAAGCGUAAAGAAAGUGGGAAGGGAUUUUUCUUUCAAAGAAAUAAAUCAAACCAAAGAUCCAUAUCAUCAGAUAGUUCAUCGAAUAGACCGGAAAUCAGUGAACAAAACUCGAGAUCAUCAGUUAUUUCAGAAUCCACUGGAUCAACUUCUAAACUUAGAAAAGAUUCCUCUUCGUCAUCUGCUAAUACUAAAAGUCAGAAAAAGGAUAGUUUAACAAAAACAACAGCAGCAGCAACAGCAGCAACAACGACAACAACAUCUCAGCAAAGUCAGAAAUCAACACCAAAAUCAGCAGCUUUGCCGCCCCCAUCUGUUUCCCCGAAAACUUCUAUAACUCUCCUGUCCGCUAAAAAGUCAACAAUAAGCAGUACAGUUAGUGAGAAAGAAAAAUCCUUAAAUUCUUCAUCAACUGGUGGUACUGUUAAAGCAAAGUCAAUAACACCUGAGAAAACAAUUACUACAACUCAUAAUACUGUUGCUGGCAAUCUUACCAGUGGUAAAAUGACCACCACUUCAUCUACAACACCAACAACUACCGAUAAAAAGCUUAAUUCCAGCCAGAAAACAACACCUACAAAAGUAAAGAAGUUAUCGGCUACCACUACAAAAUCAGAUAUUGCCGCUAAGAUCAGUUUCUUUGCAAACUUAUCUAAAGAAGAAAAAGUCAAAUGAUGCUGUACAUUUAUUUCACUUCUUGCUCUCCUCAUCUUUUCUGUGUAAAUUUCUAUCUCACUUUUAUUAUAUAUUCCAUUAUAUCUUCAUUACUGUUGUAUAGGUAGGUAUCAAGAAUUCAGAUUCGGGCGCUUUUUUCUAGUGACCAGAAAGAUUGGCUGAGGUAACACAGACUAUAUUAUUAUUUCAAAAAUCCAAAGAAGAAUAAAAUCACGAGAAUGGCAGAGAAAAACACACACAUUUUGUAAUCGUAAUUUUUCUUCUUACAUAUCACUUUAUUAUUAUUUGUAAUAAUUAUUAUACGUCAUUAUUAUCAAUGUUGAUUGACGUUGUCUUUUCAAUCAAUCAAUAUUCAAGAGUUCGUUCAAUGUCCAAUGGAUGUCAUUGUAGAUCUCAUUAUAUUAUCUGUUGCAUUAUUUAUUGAUUAAUAUUAUUGUUGUGCUUUCAUGUUUUCUCAGCUUCUUUUUUUUAAAUUAUAUAAUUUGUGUGAAUAAAUAUUAGAUCCAUUUUGAUACAUAUACAUAUAUAUCGGAUUUUCCUUAUUGCAAUGUACAAAAUUUCACCUGUUCAACGAUGAUCAUCAACUGAUCGUAUGUUCUGGUCGUAAUUAUUCAAUCGACCAAUAAACGAAUGAAUCAUUCAUUUCAUUAUUGAUUGGAUAUAUUUCAUGUUCCUGUUUUUAUUUAUAUCUCUUUUACUAUUAUUAUUAUUAUUUUUCGUUCAUUUCAUUUAAUCUAAAAUGAAAAGAGUAACCAGUUAA